UUGGGCGAAAACAUUCAAACCAGACGGAUUUAUCAGCUAAUCAGGCUAAUCGGGCUAUAAUCUACCAUGGGGGAGUUUGUGUCCUCUGCGGAAAUGGAUGGGAUGAAUGAUAAAUUGGCUGUGGCGGCAAUCCUUGCCAAUGUAAGGCUAAAUUCAGAACAGAGGCGGAUUGUUAAGGAGUGGCUUAAGGAAUUAACUCCUAAGAAGGAUGACAGUGUAAGGAAAAUUAAGGCUAUGUACUUGAGCUACCUUAUCACCAUGCUGCUGGAGGAUGAUGAAAUUUGUGAGCCAUUUAAUCAGUUACCCGAACAUGCUAGCACCACGAAGGACUUCUUCGCAGGAAAGAAAUUGUCGAAGCAACUCAUACAGGAUGCAGAGGGGAUAAAAAAAGGAAUAUCGAGGAAGGACAUCGCAGACAUGGGCGGUGAGCUUGGCAAAUGCCACCCUUGUGAUUUUUUCAAGGAGCAACCGAGUAUUGAGGCGGGUUUUGAGGUCACUGGCUCCUUCCACACCCACCGACCGUAGCAAAUGUUUACACGGAAAAUAAAAGGACGAGAUGACGACAAAGAACGAAAAUUAAUUGCGGCACAAUGCUUAUUUGUCCCUUUUUUUUGUACUUCAUCCACCACCCCACACCCACAUUUCAACUCCUUCCCAUCCUUCUCCAUUAUUUCCUCAUGGA